AUGGAACCCUCGCCCAAAAACUUUUCUAGCCUCCUGAAUCAAGGCUCUCCAACCCAAUACUCAGAGAGCAGUGGCCAAAUCUCACCACCUACACCCCAAUCUCAGUUUCCCUUUGGAACAUCCAAUUUUCUGCAGAACUUCAAUCCUUUUGGUCCUCCAGGAAUCCACCCACCAUAUGGCCAUUCUCCUCCCAGAUUUCAAGGUGUUCAACAACAAGGGAGUUGGCUACAAGCUCCUCCACCUAGCUUUCAAGGAUUUCAUCUCCAUGAAAGUUUGGGUGCACCUGCAGCCAAUAGGCCUCCACCAGUUCUUCAAUUUGGCCAUUUAGGUGGAGUUGCAGCCAACACUUCUUCCCAUGGAUCCGAGUCUAGUUCUCGAUGCUCUGCACAACAAGAGAAGCAAUCAGUCAACAUUGAAGAUUUAAGUGAUAGCAGUGAAGAAGAAGAACCAAAGAGACGUCAACACAUCAAUUGGAGUGAAGAAGAAAAUGAGCAGCUUUUCAAUUCGUGGACACAUCACUCCACCGAUCCCGUGAAUCGGCAUCGAUGUGAAAUGUGA